AUGCCUGCCAUGGAAAUGGCUUCAGUGUCUGCUUCUUUUUCAAUUCUUGACGCCCUCAGGUCCUCCGGCGCCGGCGCUAGCAUAAAUUAUGCCCAAGUUCCACAACGUAGCUUCAUCAUUUUCUAUUUGGCUCCUUCAUUUUCCUUUCCUUUCCAGAGUUUGGCGGGUAAAUAUCUAAAGCCACCCAACCGGUUCACUGCUUUAAGCAAUUCACCCUUCGCCUCAACUCUUCCGGAGCAAAACCCAUCUCCGGAGCUUGCUGUUCUCCUUGAAGUUGAUGGGGUCCUUAUGGACGCAUAUCGCUUGGGAAAUCGCCAAGCUUUCAACGUAGGUUAG